UAAGACACACACAGUCGCACACAGUGAAGAAACACACCAAGUGAGAACGUCUCCUUACCUGCCAUGGGAAUCUAACCAACCGCUCAUUCUGUACACCGGUCAAAAAGCUUUGUCAAGUCGGAUCAUUACAGAGACAGAAUGAAGGUUGUUGAAACCAUUUCAGUGUUUCUGCUUGUUCUGGUCACUUCAAAUUAUGGGAUACAGAGAGCGCCUCGUAUCAUCACCUUAUUAGAGACAGUGGAUGUGCUACUGGAUCACAACGCCACCUUCAUAUGUGAGGUGGAGUCCCGUCCCCCCGCUGACAUCACUUGGACCAAAAACAACCACCCAAUAAUGUACUAUGACCCCCGGUACAUUACCAGGGAGCAGGGCCAGAUGCUAAGCAUCCCUCAUGUAAGAGAGACAGACAAUGGAGAGUACUGCUGCCUGGCCAGUAACGGCAUCGGAGAGGCAGCGAAGAGCUGUGGAGCUCUGCAGCUCAAGAUGAAGCCACAGAUCAAACGCCAUCCUACCAAUCAAACCUUUCUGGUAGAAUCCAAAGCAGUGCUGCCGUGUGUUACCCUUGGCAACCCCAAACCAGAGGUCACCUGGCUCAAAGAUGAUGAGCUUAUCAAUUUCAGUGACCGUGUUACCAUUCUUGACUAUGGUGCAUUGAAGAUCCAUAACAUACAGAAGGAGGAUGCAGGACAGUAUCGCUGCGUGGCCCGGAAUAGCUUUGGUUUGGCCUUUUCAAAGCCUGUCACCAUAGAGGUACAGGCUCCAGCACGAAUCCUGCUGGUUCCUAAGGAGAAGAGAGUAGCGUAUGGAAGCCAGAUUUUCCUGGAGUGUAACGCCACAGGAAAUCCGAUCCCCACCAUCACCUGGCUGGAAAAUGGGAAUACUAUCUCAGGUGCGUCGGUCGAAGAGACUUUGAUUGGAGAGGUCAUCCUGUCCGUUCUUAAAGUGACGGUGAAUAAGCCGGCGCUUUAUACAUGCCUGGCCUCCAAUAGACACAACGCUGGAGCCAACACAGUCAAGGCAACUGCUAAAGUCACUGUCGCAGAGUGGAGACUUUACAAGGGCAAUGCAGGCUACUGCAGUGCGUACCGUGGAGAUGUGUGCCGCACCAUCCUGCGAGAUGAUUUGCUGGUUUUCUUUAACUCCUCCCUCUCGGACCCCGAGGACAUGCAGGAGUACCUGGUUCAGAGCUGGUGGACGGAGCUGGAAGGACUCAGUAUGCUGUGUAGCCCUGCGGUACGCUCACUGCUCUGCCACUCCUCCUUCCCAGACUGCAACCCGUCAGGGUUAGGACCGGCACCUAAACCUGUCUGCAGAGAACACUGCCUGGCCGUGAAGGAGCUGUACUGCCAUAAGGAGUGGUUAGUACUAGAGGGCAGCAGUUCAGUCCAGCCUGGCUUCUUCAGCUCUGUCCCUGGGUCCCACACUCCUAGUUCACUGCUGCCCAACUGUCAGGCCCUACCAAGUCUUCACACAGACCCUGAUGCUUGUACACAUGUCCCUUUUUUAGACAUCAAGAACGAUGAAAUUACAACAACAUGUUACAAUGACAGAGGCCGCUUCUACCAAGGCAGCGUGAAUGUGACGAGGUCUGGGAUACCGUGUCAGUCAUGGAGCCAACAGGUUCCCCACCAGCACCGGCUGUCUGUGGAUGUAAUUCCAGAGUUAAAGAACUCAGACAAUCACUGCAGGAACCCGGGAGGAAUCAGCGACAAGCCCUGGUGUUACACCUCAAAUCCCAACAUACGCUGGGAGUACUGCGCUGUGCCGCAGUGUGGGGAGAUGGUCAUAGCAUCAGUGAUGAAGCCAGAGUCGGCAGGCCCUCGUCAGACUCCUCGUCUCCCUACCACGACCGCUGUAUCGUCUCCGUCUUACUCCAUGUCCGUCAUCGUCAUCCUCCUGGCUGCACUUGCAGCCGCAGUCUUCCUCACCAUCAGCAUCCUCGCCUGCCGCAGACGGAGGAAGCAGUGGAGAAACCGGAAGAGAGCAAUGGAGACCCCGACGCUGAGUGCUCUUCCAUCAGAGAUGCUACUGGAUCGACUCCACCCCAACCCCAUGUACCAGCGGGUUCCCCUGCUGCUGAACACAAAGCUGCUGGCCCUAGAGUAUCCCCGAAAUAAUAUCCAAUAUGUUAGAGAUAUUGGAGAGGGAGCCUUUGGACGGGUUUUUCAAGCCAGAGCACCAGGCCUGAUGCCAAUGGAGUCUUUCACAAUGGUGGCUGUGAAGAUGCUGAAGGAGGAAGCGUCAGCUGACAUGCAGAAUGACUUCCAGAGAGAGGCAGCACUAAUGGCUCAGUUUGACCAUCCAAACAUCGUACGACUCCUAGGUGUGUGCGCAGUGGGUAAGCCCAUGUGUCUGAUGUUCGAGUACAUGGCCCACGGUGACCUCAAUGAGUUCCUGCGUCGCCGAUCUCCGAGCCAAUCAGUGCGCACCCUCAGCCGCGCCAGCCUGUCCGGUCGCAGUUUCUCCUCGGAGCUGGAGGCGGGACUUCUCUCCUGCGCCGAGCAGUUGUCAAUUUCCAAGCAGAUCGCUGCCGGAAUGGCCUACCUGUCAGAGCGCAAGUUCGUCCAUCGAGACCUCGCCACGCGGAACUGCCUGGUUGGGGAGGAAAUGGUGGUGAAGAUCGCGGACUUCGGCCUCUCCAGAAACAUCUACUCGGCCGAUUACUACAAAGCCAACGAGAAUGACGCCAUCCCCAUACGCUGGAUGCCCCCAGAGUCGAUUUUCUAUAACCGCUACACCACGGAAUCUGACGUCUGGGCCUAUGGCGUGGUGUUAUGGGAGAUUUUCUCCAAUGGGAUGCAGCCGUACUACGGUAUGGGUCAUGAGGAGGUUAUUUACUAUGUGAGGGACGGUCACAUCCUCUCCUGUCCUGAGAACUGUCCUCUGGAGCUGUAUAAUCUGAUGAGGCUUUGUUGGAGCACACACCCAUCAGAUCGGCCCAGCUUCAGUAGUAUACAUCGGAUACUGGAGCGUAUCCAUCAGAGCACACUAAGCAUGAGUGCUGACACUGAGGCUGACUGCUAACCUAGGAACUUUUCACAAAUAAAUGUGCAUAAAAAACAACAGAUUUAUGUAAUAAUCUGGUGCCGGAAAACACACUUUAAAAUGUACAUAGAAUACCCAAACCAGUAAAGUGAUUUCAGCCGUCUUUCUUGCCCAAUUUGUCUUUUGAGGAGACCCAAACUCCUACCCUUACCAGACAUUUUUGUAUCAUAAACAGCUCUCAUAUUUUAGUCAUUUGCAUAUUACUUUUCAAUUCACAGUUCAGGAAUGCUGUAGUGUUUUCAGACCCUAAAACAUCACUCCUGACCAUUCACCAGCACACAUCCAUCGCACAGGUCGGCUUUAUUUAUGAACAAUGUUACUUUCAUGUCUGAACAGACUCUUAACCCUGUCUCCUGAAAAUUAUGUUCCCAUACAACUUAACUGCAUUCUAAAUUAAGUUUUGAGGGAAAAGUUCUGCUUCUGGUUUGUUUUCGACGCAUCACAGAUAUAUUUCAAAGUCCACCUUCAACGUCUGCAUUGGGAAGGACGUUGGGAUGGAUGGAUGGAUGGAUGGAUGGAUGGAUGGAUGGAUGGAUGGGUCAAACAAACACAGGACUUUCUACCCAGGAGGCUGCUGCUUGUGUCCCAUGUGAAACGGACUUACAUAACGUCCUCAAUUUACGUCACAUAGCCUACUUAACAUACGUAUGCAACUCAAGUUACGUAACAAGCUACUUAUUUUAAUCCAAAUCAUCCAACAAUCUUUUCCUAAGCCUAACCUAAAGUAGUUUUGUUGCCUUUAACUAACCAAGUAGUUUUGUUUGAAAUCGCGUUAACCACGUGAUGCGACCAUGUCACAACGUGCGCCUGUCGCUGGUACGAGGACGUUUUGGAACAAACAAUCUGGGAGGAAAUACAUGCAUACAUACAUAGCCUCAAAAUGUAAUUGAGAACGCAGUUUAGUUGUAAAGGAAUGCAUUUUUUUGAACCCUGAUCCCAGAGCUUUAGCCUUUUAGGACUUGAAGCCACUAAGCAUGCAGAUAUACCCAUAACCAUUUCAGAUACAUAUGCACUCAAACAUUGUGCUCCAUCCAUUGCAUAUGGAAUUGUUUUUUUUCCCUCUCUUUCAUUUUGUAACUACUUAACAGAGAUUGGGACAUAACAGUUGGACGCUUCAUAGUAACAACAUUUAAAACACCUUUCUUGUUAUUGUCACCUCUAGCAAAUUCCACAGUGGCACACAAUCACUUUAAACCAUUGCUGUUGGUUGUUUUAUAUGGACAAGUUGCUAUUCCAUUAUUGGGCAUUUUCUUUUUACUUAUUUGUUUCUUUUUCAUGUUGUUGAUCUUUGUCUUUUUUUUGUGCUAACUUUACUUUGUGACACUGUUUGACACACAGUUUGACAUAAGAAGUGAGUAAAUUACAGCAGCAAUAGUAUAAAUAGUUUGAAGUUUAUUAAUUUUUUACCAACUUGCGUCAUCACCCAUAAGUCUCUCACUGAAGCACAGACACACAUUUUCUUAAUUGGAAUUUUGCAAAAACUCAUUAACUAAAUUCAUUCCCAUGCCUUAAAAUAGACUCGUUGGUAAGUGAAGAAUGGGCAAAAUGUCUUCGACGUUCAAAAAUAUCCUUAUUCUGAAAGAGUCAAUAUUUAAUAUGUUCUCACAAAGAUAGAAACUCUCUGUUACAGAUCAAUCUUUGCUCUCUGGGCUCAUUUUAAUUAAAUUAGAGUCAUAUUUUAGAACAGUAUUACCAACAUCUCUUGUGUCAUCAGUCUUCUUUGUUACUCAAAGCUGUUAAUGAUUUCUUUAGUUUGUUUUAUUUCAUUAAGAGAUUAAUAUCAAGUGACAGAAAAUGUUUAUAUUGUCAACUGGAAAAGCUUUUCAGAUGAACGACAUGCUUUAUUUAAUUUUUAAAUUUGGUGUGAUGUUUUUUUUUUUUUUUUU